CAGGUCUCGGGCCCUCAGGCGGAGCGGCGGGCGCCAGACCCCCAGGAGGAGCGACAGGUCUCGGGCCCUCAGGCGGAGCGGCGGGCGCGGGCGGACCCCCAGGAGGAGCGACAGGUCUCGGGCCCUCAGGCGGAGCGGCGGGCGCCGGACCCCCAGGUGGAGCGACAGGUCUCGGGCCCUCAGGCGGAGCGGCGGGCGCCGGACCCCCAGGUGGAGCGACAGGUCUCGGACCCUCAGGCGGAGUGGCGGGCGCCGGACCCCCAGGCGGAACGACAGUCUCGGGCCCCCAGGUGGGGCGGCGGGCGCCGGACCCCCAGGUGGAGCGACAGGUCUCGGGCCCUCAGGCGGAGCGGCGGGCGCCGGACCCCAGGCGCGGAGCGACAGGUCUCGGGCCCUCAGGCGGAGCGGCGGGCGCCGGACCCCCAGGCGGAGCGACAGGUCUCGGGCCCUCAGGCGGAGCGGCGGGCGCUGGACCCCCAGGAGGAGCGACAGGUCUCGGGCCCU